UUCCCAGAAAGCGGCCAUGUUGGUUUGACGUCACUCCGUAAACAGGGAACUGGUAGCUGAGGAGACUGACCCGAGUUUACGAGUUGAAAGUUCAAGUUGAAGGUAAACAUGUCUCAGGUGGUCUUCAGCAGGUUCUCCAGCUUCUGUCGUUUGUCGGCGCGGAGGUUCUGCACCCAGGCGACUUCUCCGUUAACCAUUCGUGAGCAAGAGGACGGGAUAAGGAGGAUCAUUUUGAACAACCCCAAGAAGAGGAAUGCUUUGUCUCUCGCCAUGUUAACCUCUUUGCAAGAGAACAUCCUGUCUGGUAUAGAUGACAAGGACCUGAGAGUCAUCAUCAUAGCAGCUCAAGGUCCAGUGUUCUCCUCGGGUCACGACCUUAAGGAGCUGACCUCGGUUCAGGGCAGAGAUUAUCACACCAGAGUGUUCAGGGUUUGCUCAGAGGUCAUGACCCUGAUUCAGGACCUCCCGGUUCCCGUGAUCGCGAUGGUGAACGGUAUUGCCACAGCGGCAGGAUGCCAGUUAGUUGCCAGUUGCGAUAUUGCCGUGGCGACGGACAAGUCAAGCUUCGCGACUCCCGGCGUGAACGUCGGCCUGUUCUGCUCUACUCCAGGAGUGGCCAUUGGAAGAGCUGUUCCUAGAAAGGUUGCGAUGGAGAUGUUGUUCACAGGCCGCCCAAUCACGGCGCAGGAGGCUUUGCUACACGGACUGGUGAGUAAGGUGGUGCGCGAGGAGUGUUUGGAGGAAGAAACGCUGGCCAUCGCACGCCGAAUCUGCGAUUCUAGCCGCCCCGUGGUGGCUCUCGGAAAAGCGGCCUUUCAGAGGCAGAUGGCGCAAGCACGAGAUGCUGCGUACGCCACCGCCACAGCUGUCAUGGUGGACAAUCUGGCGCUCCGUGAUGGGCAGGAGGGAAUCCAGGCUUUUCUGGAGAAACGCCGGCCUCUGUGGACCAACAGCACCGAGAAAGCACAUGACUGACCAGUAACAAACCACACGGGUGGCUCUAAAACAAACAACAACAACAAGAAAGCACCUUUGGAUGUAAUUAGAUUGGAGACCAAGAUGGAAAAGUGUGUAUUCAUAAACAAAGUGCCAGUUUCUGUAUUGUGUGAUGGCAGGUUUGGGAUAACAGAGUGAGGUCAUGUUAGGAUCUUAACUGUAAUAAAAACAGGCAAAAAAAAAACAAAACACUUACCCACUCACAAACUAUUUGUUGUGCUCAAAUCAUUUAUUUAUUUAAAUUAAACAACUGAAAAAAGGAACAUUUCUUUAGAAAUGAUUAUUUGCUUGAAAGGUAGGUGUGGGAAAAAAACUGACAAGGCAUUUUCGGUCAUGUUUAUUUUAAUUUUAUCCAAUAACCCCCACACCGUCAAAUUAGAUUUAGUUUCUUAAUCACAUAAAUUUAAAAAAAACAGAGAAAUUGUAUCCGAGAGCGGAGUCAUCCGUCUUGUCUUCACUUCUCUCUGCUAACUUAUUGUCCAAAUACAUGUAGUUUAUUCUGGAAUGCCGGACAGGGAGAUGAUGAAACGUGCCCGUCUCCGGAGCGUGUAUACAAAUCGGAGUUAAGCGCCGGUGUGAGUUUGCGGGAUUUUGAGACGGCGAGUGUGG